AUGGCUCCUCAACGCCUUGCUGUUAAGCAGGCAAACUGUCAACAUAUUAUGGGCUUUACCGACUCCAUGGGCUCAGCCCAUCGAGCAGUAGACCUGUCCAUGCAUUUGGGUCAGGCUUUUAGUCUGUCAGUCUGUUGCGUCCUUCAAGAGUGGUUUGAGGCGGAUGAUCUCUGCCACAUCACCUUUGUUUAUGUUCCAUCCACCCUGUGCUGGGACAUCCAUGGUGAGGCACACAAGUACAUCAUCGAACUUAAAGUCAGGGUUGGAUGUUGCAAGAUGGACAAUUCUAUAGACACGCUUUGCUCUCGAGCAACGCACUCAGUCCUGGAUUCGUGGAGUUCCACUUUCCAGGAUCCAACCUACCAGGGCUCUGAAUUUUUAGAGCUUCAGCGGCCUGAUGGGCGGCCGAUUCAGCCAUCGUACCUCAACAGGGGACCUUGGCUCUCAUAUUUCGGACACAGCAUCACUGAGUUCGCUCGCAUCUGCCAGUGUAUAACUGGCCAUGCGCCCAUUGGAGCGUACUAUUGUUGCUUCAAGAUCAAUGAGCCUCACGACUGCACUUGCGGGGCUGCUACUCAGUCUCACUAG